AUGGCUUGGAUAUCUGUGUCCAAAUGGCUCAAGCUUGACGAAGAUAAGAGGCCUGGCUUAAUUAUGGUUUACAAUAUGGAACCUGACAACACAGGACAUAAUACUCAGGGUCCGGAGCUUGAUGAAGCGAUCAAAAGCGUAGAUAAGUCGCUAGAACGCUUUUUUAAACAUCUGAAAGAUGAAGGAAUUCUUGGUUGCGUUAACAUUGUCAUCGUAUCUGACCAUGGUUGGUAUUCUCUUAAAGUAUUUUUCUAG